AUGAGUGGAAAAGGCUGUCAGCUCCUCGUGUCUCCCUGCAAUGUUUCCCCCUCAAUGAGUAUGAUCCGAGGACACCAGCCCCAACCCUUCAUGAUGCCUGCGUCCUCCCCUCAGCACAGCGAGAGAACUGAGAAAGUGAAACAAGGAACUGUUCAGUCUUUAACUUCUGGAAAACCGACUGGAAGCCAUGUCGUCCUGCCUACCUUGAGCCUCCGCAGACAGGUGUUGACCAAUGCAAAACAUCAGACUGGGCCAAACGCACCCCCACAGCAACAACCUGCUAACCAUUUUCAAAACACAACAAUGACAACUACCAAACCGUCGAGACUCAGCCCAUGUAAUCACAGCUUCAAAGAUUGUGCAGUUUCUGGGUCACCGUUGGAUGUAUGUGGUCAGGCAACGGGUGUUAACCUAACACUGACCAGUAGCUCCAUUAGUGUUCCCUCAGGCCAACCUUAUCCUGCAUUGCCUCAACCCCCAUCAUGUCAUAGUAUGCCAACGGAUGUCAGGUCCUUGCUGUCCAGAGAAUCUCUGGCAUCCACUACCCUCAGCCUGUUUGAAACACAGUCAGUUUUUAGUGGCAAACAUGACUGGCCAUAUGGUUACUGUGUGCUUCCUCCCUUGGGAUUACCUCACAACUCUACACAGGCUAGUGAGGGCAGCGAACAGUUCAGCCUGUCCCCUGGCACAGCCAUGUCGGGCACGACCAUAUCAGGUGCUACAAGCACCUCUGCCUCAUUGCCCUCAUACCUCUUUGCAGGAGAGGCUGGAAGCCCUCGACAAUCUCGUGCAAAGAAGAGAGCUCUCUCCAUGUCGCCUUUAUCAGAUGUCAUGGGUAUUGAUUUUAAUACUAUUAUACGCACCUCGCCAACAUCACUUGUGGCUUACAUCAAUGGUUCCCGCAGCUCUCCAUCCUCCCACUUCACACUCUCACCUGUUCAAUCUGAGGGAUAUGGUCAUUUCCUGGGGGUGAGAGGACGUUGCAUACCCCACAGCCAUUCCUACAGCAUGUGGAGCUCUUCACAAGCUCUGGCACCACAGUCAGAGUGUGCCCGUAUGCAGAUGCUUGAAGAGGGAGGGGAUCUGGAAGGCCAGAUGGCUAACAUGAUGGUUGCGCAGCAGUGCCUUCCAGAAGAAGUGGGGAUACUAGAGACAACUUCAAACAGCUGCAGCCAAGCCAUCAGCAAUAUUCUGCCACCUCUACAGUCAGAGCCAGCAGCUCUGUUGACAGCUGUCCAAGAAGAUGCUAUUCCACAAAGACCUCCACCACCUUAUCACUCGCACCAACACAUAAAACUCUCCAGACAUCACUGGAAAAUAAAGGCACCUUCUCAAGACCCUUCCAUGCAGGUGCCCAUGCUUCCUCACAGACAUUCAGUUGGAUUUUUACCCCAAAUUCCAAUGCUGGAAGAAGAGGAAGGUGAGGUGGAGGACUAUGGCACCCAUUGUUGCGGGUGGAUGCACUGCAAUGCAGUUUAUGACCAAAAGGAAGAGCUGGUAAGGCACAUAGAGAAGAUACAUGUAGACCAGCAGAAGGCUGAGGAGUUCACAUGCUUCUGGGUAGGAUGUCCACGCAACCUAAAGCCGUUUAACGCCCGAUACAAACUUCUUAUCCACAUGAGGAUCCAUUCAGGAGAGAAACCCAACAAAUGCGUGUUUGAAGGCUGCAACAAGGCUUUCUCUCGGCUCGAAAAUCUAAAGAUUCACCUGCGCAGCCACACAGGCGAGAAGCCUUAUCUGUGUCAGCACCCCGGAUGCCACAAGGCCUUUAGCAACUCAAGUGACAGAGCUAAACACCAGCGCACACACCUGGACACAAAACCAUAUGUGUGCCAGGUGCCAGGCUGUGUAAAACGCUACACUGAUCCCAGUUCAUUAAGGAAACACAUGAAGUCCCAUUCUACUAAAGAGCGGCAGUUACGAAAGAGGAUGAAAGCCUCUGCUGAUGCAACUCAAGACGCACUGGCAGACUGUUUAACCAUCCACCCUCUGCAUCCAAACCUUUCCCCUCUGGCAAGGCUAGACAACAAUGUGAACCCAGCUCUUGCUGCAACGCAAGUACGAGAUCCUUACAGCAGUUCCCAUCUGGCUUUGUUGGGUUCCUUACAAGAUAAAUACAGGUGUGUUGAUCCUUCUCCUCAUCAGCCCAUCCCUGGAGGCGCAUGUGGGCCUUGUUCCUCCACCUGCCACCCGCAUCCUCCCUGUGGACCUCCUCUACAGAACAACCGUGGUCUAAAGCAGCUCGACCAGACUCGUGGUGUGAUAGAUCAGAGCUCAGGAUUUGGAGUCCACAUCCAAAGUGACGACACAUCUGCAGAACUGAGUGGAGAUUUUUUCAUCAACUCGAGCAAAAUGUCCCACAUUUAUACAGAAGGAUGA